GUCUCAGUCUUAAUUCGGUCAGUCAUACGUUCGCACACAUUUCAAAACAAGUUUACACAGCCCGAGAAUAUUGCCCAGCGGCACAAUAUUUCGAUGAAAAUUUGAAAACAUUUCGCAGCAAAUUUUCGAUAGAUUCAAAGCGCCAAGAUGCCCAUGUCAAUGCCUUGCACGACGCACGCCUCGCGCGCUCUGCCGCGUGAUUGCUACGACAAGCUCGGGCGGCGCAUAGGUCUGGAUCUGGAGCAGAGCAUAUAUCCCAGUAAGUCUAAGCAACUGCUGCCGGCAGCAUCGACCGGUGGCCCUAUGCGGCGCCAAUCGCGCCAGAAGAUCUGCGAGAAAAUGAUGGCCGAAGCAGAGACGCAAAAUCGCAGCAGAUUUCUGCAGGCGGGCAAAACGCGCAAAGCGCAGAUGCGCAAAGGUUUGCCGCCCGGCACAGUGCCCCCGGGUGAAUCGCAGGGCAGCGUCUUUUCGCGCCCCAAGGCAUCGAAGCGCGGCGGCUGUGGCGGCGUCGCCAGCUACUUUCAUGUGCAGGGUCGCUCCUGGGAGUCCAAAGGCUUUGCCGAGCUCAAGCAAACCGAGGUAGAGCAUUUGCGUUCACUGCGUCCGCCAACUGUCGAACAACUGCAGGCGGAGCAGGAGCUGCGACGCGAGGAGGAGCGUCAAAACAAAGCCGAGGCGGAACGUGUACGCAUGUACUACCAAGAGAUUGAUGAAGCGCGACGUGAACGGGAGCUGGAGGCUCAGCGACAAAUCGAUGCCGAGGCCGAUGAUACGCAGGACGAGGUCAAAGCGGCAGAGAUUCGUCGUCUCAAAGUGCUGCAUCAAUCGCUUCAGGCGCGUCACGAGCAGGACGAGCGCGUUCAGUCGGCGACGCGUGCCAUAGGCGCGGCCAAGUGCAGCGCCAUGUGGACGGCACAGAUUGAGGAGCGCGCCAUGCUCGAGCGUUUGCAGGAUGAGUUCGAUGUGCUGCAAGAGCACAAGGCCAACGAGUUCAACGAUUCGAAAUGGGGCUCGAUAGCGCGACAGAACGAGAAGGAGCAUGAGCGACGCCUGAAAUUCGGCGCCGAAGUGCGUCAGCAGAUCAACGACCGGCGACAGCUGCGCCACCUGGCGGCUGAGCGCGAUCGCGAUGAGGCGCUGCAAGUGCGCGAUGCAUUCGACGAGUACCGACGCUACCAGCAGGAGGAGUCGAAGGUGCAUGGCGCACGCAAGGCGCAUUAUCGCAACGAGCUCUUCCACUACAUUCAGCUGCAUCGGGACUUUGGCAAGCUGAUGUGCGAGCAGGAGCGACGCGAUGAGCUGCGUGCCAAUGACUAUGUGAUCAAGAAGGAGGCGCAAAAGGUGGAGGCGCGCUUGAAGCAAGCGGCGCUGGAGGCGGAAAAGGAGCGCAAGCGCGAUGCGAUGUUCGUCAUACAGCAAAAGAUACUCGAUGCAAAGGAUAAUCGCGAGGAGAUGCGUCUGCUGGCCGAGCAUGAGCGACUCGAGCGCAAGUAUCGCAUGGAGGAGCGCGAGGCGGUGGAGACGCGUCGUCGACUGGUGGACGAACUGCGUCAGGGCAAUCUGCAGGCCAUGCAGCAAAUGGAGAAAAUGAAGGCAUGCUACUAUGCGCAACGCAAGCGUGAAACGGAUGAAAUGAAAGCGGAACGCUUGCGCUACGAGGCGCAGCAGAAGAUCGAGCAGGAGCAGAAUAUGGGCAAGAAGAUUAAUUUGCAUCAAGGAGUCACCGCCCAAAUGGAAGAGCACGAGCGUGCGCGUCGCCGCGAAAUCGAACAGGAGCGUCUGGAUGAUGAAAAGGCGCGCGCACAGGAGGCGCAACGUCAAAAGGAAAUCGACAUGGUCAUCUCCGUCAAGCUGGACGAGCUGGCCAAGAAACAAUGUUUGCCCUACAAUGCGCUGCAGUCGCUAAGCGGACGUGUUGCCAACUCGGGGCAGCGUCGUCUCGCCGGCAAUAUACAGCCUUAGAUUCAGUUUUCAGUUAAUUGAUUUGUUUGCCUUUUACCAACACUGGAAACAGUGGAGCGUCGCUGCACUUUUGUGUUAAUUGUUAAUGACAAGAACAACAACAAAAACAAACAAUUGCUUAAUGAAGUCAGGCAAACA